UGAAGAUUCUCCAAUAUUGCUCCUCAACAUUUUGGUCCUCCUCUAUUAUGUGGUUCUUGAGAAUACAGAUCAUACAAAUUCUACAUUUCACCAAAGAUUUUCAUUCCAACUUGCUCUACCCUCCCAUUCUUCUUAUAUAAAGGACCAAACUUUGCUUACACAUUUCAAAAUCAUCUCUUCCUUGAGUUUCAUUACUUGCACAAAAUAUAUCUUCCACAUUUUGAAUAACCUUUUUCUUAUCUAAACCAUUCAUAUUUUUGUUAACUCUCGAAACCUUAAGAGUCUGUUUGGUGUUUAGGAUAAGUCGGAGUAAUUUGUUUGUAGUAGAAGAAAUGGCAUCAAUGUCGGCAUCUGGUUCAUGGAGUGGUAAGGAGAACAAAGCAUUUGAAAGGGCAUUAGCUGUGUUUGAUAAAGACACACCUGAUCGUUGGUCGAAUGUUGCUAAAGCUGUUGGUGGAGGAAAAACUGCUGAAGAUGUUAAGAGACAGUAUGAACUUCUUGUUAGGGAUAUUAGGCACAUUGAAUCAGGUCAAGUUCCAUUCCCAAAUUACAACAACAAUGCUACCUUCGAUCACGAGAAAAGGUUUAGAAACAUGAAGCUCCAGUGACCAAAUGGUGUCAACAAUAAAGAAUUUGUAAUUCUAAUUGUCAUGUAAUUUUAAUAUUUAAAAUGAUGUUUCAUAUAUGUAGUGCCAGUGAUGUAGCAUUUAGUGAAACUCUUUGUCAUAAGAAUCAUAUAUCCCAUGAUUCCAUUGUCCCACUAUUUUGUCGUUGGAAUAUCAACGGUUCUGUUUUUGUUCCAUUCCAAUCCUUAAUAAAGUUUUAAU